GGUACGACCAACAUGCUAGCCAAGGCAUUCACCCAUCCACUUUCGAUCAUUUCAACUACUGCUUCUAUUCUCCAUUAAACACACCAAAGAAAAGAUAAUCCGAAGCCGGCCAUCGAUACUAAUUAAGCUUCAUCGUUUAACUGUUCCAUCAGCCGCUGUCAUGGAAGCACGCCAAUCCUUCCAGGGCUACGGAAAGGUGGACGACCCGCUAGGUCAAGAAGCCCACCUCCAGAAGCAGAAACAGAGGAAGAGUUGUAAGAAGGCAAUCCUCAUUUUCGUCGGAGUGGUUCUUAUCCUCGGUCUGAUCGUCGGAACAAUAACCGGAGUUGUCGUUCACGAAAUGAGGAAGAGUGACAGCUCCGGCGAUGCUACUCACAAUGCCCCCGCUUCCGCGUCCGCCGUCGUCAAGGCACUCUGUGGUGUCACACAGCACAAAGAAUCGUGCGUUUCGAGCUUGACGCAGGUUGCCAGCGAAGCCAAGACCGCCGAUCCGAAAAAGCUGUUCGCUGUUUCUCUGAAAGUGGUCGGCGAUUCUCUGACCAAAUUGGCUUCCAAGCCGGCAGAGUGGGAAACAGGGGUCAACGAUUCAAGCACCAAAAUGGCCUUCCAGGUGUGCCGGGAAGUUUUCAAUGACGCGGUCGACCGGCUUCAAGACUCCAUCUCGUCCGUUGGCGGCGGAGACGACGGCGAUGAUGAUAAGCUGACUUCUUCUACAACCAUCUCCGAUCUGAAAACAUGGCUGAGCUCUUCCAUCACCGAUCAAGAAACCUGUAUGGACGCUCUGGAUGAUAUCAAAGCCGACAGUUCAACUGUGAGCAAAGUGAAAGCGGCGAUGAAGGAAUCCACCGAGUUCUCCAGCAAUAGUUUGGCCAUUGUCACUCACAUUCUUUCCAUUUUCGGCGACUUCAAGAUUCCGGGGAUCAAUCGGAGGCUAUUAGCUGACAAUCAGCCGCCCCCGGCAGAGGGUUUUCCGGAAUGGGUCAAACCCAUCGAUCGGAGACUUCUGAAGGGGAACAAGGUGAAGCCUGACGUGAUUGUUGACAAGACCGGCGCGACGCCGGGAAGUGUCAAGACGAUCAUGGAGGCAGUGAACCGGGUUCCGGAAAAGAGCAAAACAAGGUUUGUGAUUUACGUGAAGGCAGGGGAGUACGUGGAGAAGGUGGAAUUGGAUAAAACGAAAUGGAAUGUGAUGAUGUACGGUGACGGCAUCGGUAAAACCAAUAUCUCCGGCAGCGCUAACUUCAUCGACGGGACACCCACUUUCCAAACUGCAACUUUAAUCGCAGCGGGCAAGGGAUUUGUGGCCAAAGACAUGACAAUCAAGAACACGGCCGGGCCGGAAAAACACCAGGCGGUGGCGAUGCGGUCGGGAUCGGACCAAUCGGUGUUUUACCGGUGCGCCUUCGACGCCUUCCAGGACACGCUCUACGCCCACUCGAACCGGCAAUUCUACCGGGAAUGCGACAUCAUCGGCACCAUCGAUUUCAUCUUCGGCAACGCCGCCUCCGUAUUCCAGAAGUGCAGAAUCAUGCCGCGGCAGCCAAUGGCGAAUCAAUUCAACACCAUCACAGCUCAGGGGAAGAAAGACCCGAAUGAGAGCACCGGCAUUUCCAUUCAGAAGUGUACCAUUACCCCGUUUGAUAAUGUCACCGCCGAUACUUACCUCGGGCGGCCGUGGAAAGAGUAUUCCACCACCGUCAUCAUGCAAUCCAUCAUUGAUGGCUUCUUGAAACCUGAAGGAUGGAUCGCGUGGGUCACCGGCGUUCUACCGCCGGCCACUAUUAACUACGCUGAGUAUCAGAACAGAGGCCCGGGCGCAAGUGUGGGUCGAAGGGUGAAAUGGGCCGGGUACAGGCCCAGUCUCACACCGGAAGAGGCCGAGAAAUACACUGUCCAAAAUUUCUUGGAAGGGCAAGUUUGGAUGCCGGUUGGGUUGAAGAAUGGUGAAGAGAAACAAAAUACAAUACUGAUGGUUGGGAAAGAAUCUUCAAGGUCGCCAAGAGGUUUUUCGUGCACAAAGGAUACCCUCCUUAAUUAUUUUGAGCAAAUAUCAUUCGGAUCCCCUCCUCGCUUAAGGCAGAUUUCAUUUAAAAGAAAGUAUUCAAUCAGAUUGGAGAGUGAGAACCAAGUGCCGAAAAGCAAGAAGGUAGCAGAUACCAGAUGAGCUGCAGCCCUCCAUUCUUCG